AUGCAUUUCUCGUCAUCACUCGCUCUAGUUGCUGCUGCUUUUGUGCUUGGUGUAGUGGCAGUUGCAGAAUCCCCAUCACAAGGUGGCGUUGGUAAUCCUGAUGCUGCUGCUGCCAGUGGCUCUACUAAAACCCAAACAGUCGAAGAAUAUUUCAAGCUCCAUGAUAAUCCUCAGCUUCAAACAUAUUGUGAAAACAGGUGCUCUGAUAUGCCAUAUACUGCUGACAAACCUGAUGACAAAGACGGUUGUUUGAAGUACUGUAUUACCACCAAUGCUCCUUUCCUUGGCCUUCCCGCACCCAACUUCAAUUAA